AUGUCAGCUAAGAUUCCAAUUUUCCAAGCUCUUGUUUUCCUAUUCUACCGGUUUAUCCUCAGGAAAUACCGGAACCCUAAACAAAAAUACCAAAAAGGCCCUUCUUCUCUCUUCCAAUCCGACUUAUCACGCCACACAUUGAUCUUCAACGUAGAAGGAGCUCUUCUCAAAUCCGAAUCUCUCUUCCCUUACUUCAUGCUAGUGGCAUUCGAGGCCGGAGGUGUACUAAGGUCAUUUCUCCUCUUCAUUCUCUAUCCACUGAUAAGCUUGAUGAGCCAUGAGAUGGGUGUCAAAGUGAUGGUAAUGGUGAGCUUCUUCGGGGUAAGAAAAGAUGGUUUUAAUGCGGGGAGAGCGGUUUUGCCUAAAUUCUUUCUAGAAGAUGUCGGGCUCGAAAUGUUCGAGGUGUUGAGAAAAGGAGGGAAGAGAAUCGCUGUGAGUGAUGAUCUUCCUCAAGUUAUGAUCGAAGGGUUCUUGAGAGAUUACUUGGAGAUUGAAGUUUUGGUCGGACGAGAAAUGAAGGUCGUUGGUGGUUAUUACUUAGGGAUCAUGGAGAAAAAGACCAAACAUGAUCUUGUCUUUGAUGAGUUGGUUCGUAAAGAGAGACUAAGCACGGGUUGUGUUGUUGGCAUCACUUCCUUCAACACAUCUCUUCACCGAUAUCUAUUCUCUCAGUUUUGCGAGGAGAUAUAUUUUGUGAAGAAAUCGGACAAGAGAAGCUGGCAAACCCUACCAAAAAGCCAAUACCCUAAACCAUUGAUUUUCCACGAUGGUCGUCUCGCAAUCAAACCAACCCUAAUGAACACUCUUGUCUUGUUCAUGUGGGGUCCAUUCGCAGUCGUAGCCGCAGCAGCAAGACUCUUUGUCUCACUUUGCAUCCCUUACACCUUCUCAAUCCCAAUCCUCUCUUUCUCCGGUUGCAAACUAACCGUCAACAUCGACGACAUUUCAUCACAAAAGUUAAACUCAAGUGGACGCAAAGGUUGUCUCUUUGCCUGUAACCACAGAACUUUACUGGACCCUCUCUACGUUGGUUUCGCACUAAAAGAGAAAAACAUCAAAACCGUAACGUAUAGUUUGAGUAGAGUAUCGGAGAUUCUGGCUCCGAUCAAGACCGUUAGACUUACACGUGAUCGGGUCAACGACGGCCAAGCCAUGAAGAGACUGUUGACCGAAGGAGACCUUGUGGUUUGUCCUGAAGGAACCACUUGUAGAGAACCUUUUUUGCUUAGGUUUAGUCCUUUGUUCACCGAGGUUAGUAACGUCAUCGUUCCCGUGGCCGUCACGGUAGACGUGAGCUUCUUCUAUGGAACAACGGCAAGUGGUUUUAAGGCAUUUGACCCGCUUUUCUUUCUCAUGGAUCCGAACCCUACCUACACCGUUAGAUUUUUGGACCCUGUCUCUGGUGCCACGGGUCAAGAUCCUGAUGGGAACUUGAAGUUUGAAGUGGCUAAUCAUGUUCAGAGCAAUAUUGGGAAGGCAUUGGAAUUCGAGUGCACCAAUCUCACUAGAAAGGACAAGUAUUUGAUGUUGGCUGGUAAUAACGGCGUAGUUAAGAAAAAAUAA